AUCCCGUGUUAGCAUCGCGUACCGUACAGUCAAAACGUCCGUGAAAAGACACUAAAAACGACGACGUUUUAUUGGUACUCGAAUGCGUACGGGGUAGUAUAUAAUUAUAUAUUCUGGUUAGGUGAGAGAAGAGAGAGAGUACCCAAAAGAGCGGGUAAAAGAUAAAGACACGUCACCACUUUGUCUCUCUACGACUCAUCUAGUCAGCUCUUUCUCUCUCUAUAAAAACCACUUCAAAAAUCAUCAGAAAGAGCCAACGCACAUUCUCUCUCUCUACUUCUCUUCUUGCACACAGUUUCUCUCUCUAGAUUUUUCUCGUUCUCUGUCUCAAUUGUAUGGCCGCCAAUUCCAGUAGCCGAGGGAUCACCAGCUUAGGGAAGCGAUUCGUCGAUCAGAUCUGGACUCGCGAUCCUUCUCCACUCUCUGCUCCCAUUCUCAGGAGAGCUUCUGCUCAUACAUCAGCAUACGAUAAAAACCCUGAUGAGCAGGCACAAGCAACCGUGGUUCCGGAUGAUCUGAUCGAACCGAAGUCAGACAAGUAUUGGGCUCCAGACCCCCAAACUGGGGUGUUCGGACCAGCUGCCCCGGGGCAAACUGCUCGGCCAAGUGGUGGCACGCAGGCCUCCACGCCUGCCAGUGGCGAGGGGUCUGUGCUUGAGCAGACUGCUUGGUUUCGCCCUACAAGCAUUGAGGAUUUGGAGAAGCCUGCUGCUCAGUAAAGUCAAGGAUUAGAAUUGAUAUAUAGUUGUGGUUGUGUGGUUGGUAUUGUGUCCUAUUAUAUAGUGUAUUGUUAUAUGUGUGGGGAAUAAGAUCCAAUUACAAAAAACAGGAUUAUUUUGGUUUCGUAGUUAUUAAUGGACAGAUCUUUUACCCCUAAAUCUCAAAUCAAAUCUUGGUUAUGUCCUUAAAUUUUUGUAAA